AUGAAGGGGCAACUUCCUCUCAACAUGGUAACUGCUGCAACCACGAUGAGCUCAGUGAAAUCAGCUGGACUGUCUCUUCUUCUGUUGUCUUUUCUUCUACACGUAGCCGAUUCUUACCCCAACAUUGACUUAUCAAACAUGGGCUGCGAGGAGUGCACGCUGAGAAAGAACACUGUUUUCUCCAGGGACCGCCCGAUCUAUCAGUGCAUGGGCUGCUGCUUCUCCAGAGCGUACCCAACACCUCUCAAGGCCAUGAAGACGAUGACGAUCCCGAAGAACAUCACCUCGGAGGCAACGUGCUGUGUCGCUAAGCACAGCUACGAGACAGAGGUGGCUGGGAUAAGGGUGAGAAACCACACAGACUGCCACUGCAGCACCUGCUAUUUUCAUAAAAUAUGA